GGUUACACGAGUGUGUUGACCAGUGAUUCCUCGGCUGAUAAUCGAAUUUACUCUUGGAUGCCAUGUGGAACUAUUUCUAGUCUACCCAGUGCAGCAUGUGCUGGAUCCAAAGGAUGCCAACAGGAUGGAAUCCAAUACAACCCCAUGGGCGACCCAACUGGAGCAAUUUGCAACACAACUCAGGAUAACGAGCCAAAGCCUACAGUGACGUACAAGGGAGUCGCAUCUGGGGGCUCAUCUAUUAAAAGAGGCAUCAAUAUAACUUACACCUGUGAUCAGUCAACUCCCGAACUGCCGUUCACGGUGGGACAAAACGAACUUGAAGUGGAUACAUACUACUAUCCUUUCGCCGUAACAGGAUCUGGGGCGUGUCUCCAGGACAUUGGAGGUGGAGGUGGAGGGCUGACUGGGGCAGGCAUCUUCCUGAUCAUUUACUUCGUCUCCAUAGCCAUAUACCUCAUAGCCGGAAUAUGCUACAAGGCGUUGUACAAGGGAGCUAGAGGGAUGGAGAUGAUUCCGAACACUGAAUUCUGGAUGAUGGUGCCAGGUCUGAUCAGAGACGGGUGUCUCUUCAUCUACAGAUGGAUCGCCGGCAAAACAUACAAAAAGAGCUUCGAUGCAGUGUGAGUGUCAGCGGACAUUUUAAAGCCAGCAACAUUUUACAACAACCAAACCUUAGUCACGAAAUCGGACUAACUCUAAUUCUAUUUAAUACAUCCAACUUUAAUAAACCUGAAUAUUUUUGAAAAUUUGAGUUAUUAUUAUUUUAUGAAUUUACAGUACUUGAUAACUA